GAGCCAUCGCUGCUGUCUUCAGGCGGGCUUUAUGUUCACACAGCAGUCCUCCUAAAACAGACAGGGGACUCCAUGUCAAUAGAAAGCACACUUCACACUUCACACUUCCAGACAAUCGAGUGGCUCGGGUAUGAUACGGUUGAGGUCAGCCCGGUAAGAGUACCACGCGCUACCCGGUGACAGUGCUAACGACGCCCGGAUUGUCCUAUCGGGCUCGCCGUAGAGUGAAAUACGUCAUCAGCCGGAGUGGAAGUGGAAACAAACAGCAUGGAGGUAGAGGAGAGAAGAAGGAGCAAAGGCUCCGCUAGAGCCUCCAAAAAAGGUGAGAAACGCGUCAAGGCACUGACAGCUGAGGAAGAAGCAAGAAGGAGGGAGUUGGUGAAGGAGAAGUUAAGGGAGAAGUUGGACUUGGAGAAAAGAGCGUUGAAGGUGGUGGAGCGUCUCCUGGAGGACAGUGUCGCUGAAGAUUUCCUCAUUGAUUGUGCAAGACACAUUACUCCUGCUAACUACAAAGAUGCUAUAGAGGAGCGAUUCAUUGCUAAACUGUGUGGUUAUCCCCUAUGUCCAAAUAAACUGGGCAAGGUCCCGACUCAAAAGUAUAAAAUUUCAACUAAGACAAACAAGGUUUAUGACAUCACAGAGCGCAAAAGUUUCUGCAGUAACUUCUGCUACAAAGCCUCCAAAGAGUUCGAGCUGCAAAUAUCGAACACACCGCUUUGGCUCAGGCAGCAUGAGACCCCUCAAGCAAUUAAAUUGAUGAAGAAAGGAGAUUGUGGGAGCUUUGGUGAGGAGGUGUUGCUGGCAGACAGGCCUCUGCAGGAAAAGGACAUUGAGGACCCGCUGGCUGCUCAAAGCGAAGACCCUCACAGCUCUCAGCAGCAAUCUGCAGCAGCCGACCUCAGCCACAGUGAAAGCAGCGACAUUGAACAGGAGCAGGAGUUCAUUUCCAGCGUUGUCUCCCAGCGGCAGGGACUCAGAGUGCACUGGGGCAACCUGCCUAAACGGACAGAUGAAGACCCCAAAGGUGAACGAGGGAAGACGAAGAGAGGGAAGAUGCAGAGGAACAAGGGAGAUAAAGAGGAAAUUGGUGGCCAUCGAAAUGGGGAUGCAGAGACGGAGGGAAGUAUCAGAGAAGAUGUGAAUGGACAGGAAUCAGUUUCAUGCAGAACAGGAACAGGAACCGACGCAGAAACACCCAAAGUGUCAUUAGACACAGACAAACAUGACAGGGAGCAGUUGUUAGAGAAGCCUGAGGAACUUGCUGUGGAAGAAGCUGCAGCAAAGCUGAGUUUGUGCAGUUUAUCUGAGACAGUCCCUCAAACUGCUCCCCUGCCUUUUGACUCAACAGCCACACAAGCAGAAGUACUUACUUUUCCACAAUGUCAACAGACAAACACCUCAACAGAAAGCAAACAUCUUCCUUCUUCAACUCCGAUCAACCCCAAUCAGGACAGCCACAACACGGCACUGACCAACCUCAACAUCACCCAGGUGGGCAUGAGUAAGAGAGGCGCAGCGGGGCUCCGAGAUCUACUCAAGAACCACACGGCUGCUGGAGUCAAACCUGAUUCCAUCCGACUGAAUCUCAUCGAGUGCCUUAGGAGAACAUUAAAGGAAUGGAGCACUGAUGUGACUCUGACGUUUCUGUACGGCGCUGGUCAUUCGCUAAGAUCUCCUUCAGCUGAUGUCGAGGAAGAAAAAGAGGAGGAGCUGGAUGAGGAUGACCUGGAUGACGAGGUGAAUAAUGAGGAUUCAGAAGGGGAUGAUGGCGGCUUGCAGAAGAGAGCGUCACCUGCAGCUCCAGAUUACGAGACGCUGCGGAAGGAGAGCCAGCAGCUGGAGCUCAGAGUCAAGGAGUUUUAUAAGGGGACUUGGAUUGUGUCUGAGGAGGUGGAGGGGCCGCAGGGAGACGAGGUGACAGUCCGGGACCAGAGUGCGAAGGAUCCAGUUCUGCCCCUCGUUGACUCUCAUUCUCAGCACCUCAUCCAGAAACGGAUCACUGUGGAGAAGCUCACUAGCUGCCUCAAAAACAUCAUCGGUCCUCUGCGUCUCAACAUGAGUGACGUCUCCACUGACCUGAACAACCUGGUCAGGACAUUCAGGUUCACCAACACCAACAUCAUCCACAAAACUCCAGAGUGGACGCUGAUCGCCGUCAUGCUCCUCCAUCUGUUGUCCGAAAUUUCUCCGGUGGUGCGAGGAGCCUUGGAGACGCCAGCGUCGGUGGUGUAUUUGAACACACUGAUGGAAGAGCUCGGCCUGCACGAGCAGGACCUUCUGAACUUGGUCCGAAUGUUUAAAACCCAGACACACUGACAGACGUGGACAUGUAUAAUACAUAUACACUCUAGAGGGUAUCAGACUGGAAUAAAUGUGUGAAUGUUUGUUUCCCGCAUUAAAACUGAUUGGGGAAACAAAAGCUCCUGUCCCUUUUUGUGAUUUAACCCGCCUCCUCUUACUGUACGAGCACAACCUGUGGUGGGAUGUGUGCAAAUCAGAUCCGUGAAGAUUUAGAGCUGCUGAUGUUCAACCUCUGCAGGCUUCAAACAAAUCACACCCAGCUUUUCCCAGUGAAAACGCCAUGUGGACACGCUGCUUAUUGCUGCGCCUCUGCUGUCAUAAAAGUGACGCCACUUCUCCUGACUUCCUUCACAUGGAGGUUUAUGGCACCAUAAUGUCAUUUGUUAUAUGGGUAUGUUAACAAUGCAUGUGUGAAAAUAUUUGGUUUUGACCAGGUGGCGCACGCAACAAAACGUUUUCCUAUUUAAUAGUGGAGAUAGAAGUUGGAGCUGUCAUGCAGAUUGAGGAUGUGAU